GUGAAGCUGAACUAAUCAGUUGUGGAAGAAGUUGAAGUAUUAUAGUGUUGCGCCAUUCAAAAAUAUAAACAAUUUUAACUAAAAUAGGUAGAUUUUUUUACAUUAAGUAUAAAUCAUUACAUUCAUCCAUCUACGAAAGCGAACAUGAAAUUAAAUAUGGAAAAGAUACCCAAAUUAGCAUUGUGGAAUAACUGGAAGAGACCAGCAUCCGUUCCUUAUCCAAACACGUGGCAUAAAUUUACAGCAACAUCAAAAGAUGGUAAAGAGUUGAAAAUAAAAAUUGUAGAUGUAACUCCGGAUAGAUUUGAAGAAAGCUUGGAAUUCAUUCGUGAUUAUUUGUAUUCAAAUGAGCCUCCAUGCGAAUCUGUGAAACUUUUAGAAGAUGAAAUUAGUGUCCAAAAUGGAUUGGCCAGACAAUACGUAUACUUACAGCAGCGUGUCGCCAUUAUGGCUGUAUUAGAUGAAGAUGUCCCAAAACCGGAAAUAAUCGGAUUGCAACAGCUGUUUGUAGCUUCCAAAGAAGAUGAUCCUGAACCAGAAUUAGCUGGAAAUGCGAUGAGUAAACUUGAGAAGAUAAAUGAAGACUUGUAUGCGAAUCACGAUCAAUUCGAAAUUCUCGGAACUAACCGAGUCUUAAAAGGAUUCGGUUUAUGUGUGAAACCAAAUUACUGGGGAAUGAAUAUAGGCUACAACAUUGUACUCUGUUUGGAAAAAAUAGCCAAAGCUUAUGACUUGAGAGGAUUCAUGACUCUGUACACUAGUAUUCAUUCUCAAGCUAUAGCUUCGAAAGCUGGAUUUAAAGUAUACAACGAGAUGUUUUUCGAUGAUUAUAAAGAUAAAAAAGGCAAUGCGAUGUUUCCCAAUGUGCAUACCAAAUCGUUCAAGUUGAUGGGAAUUAAAUACUCGUGACCUGCGAAAGUGGUUGAAAUUUAAAUGCGCAAUUAGGUUAGGUUAGAAUGCUUAUGUAUUCUUCAAAAAUGGAAAAAAAUUUCAUCCUCCUUCCUCCUCCCCUAAAUUUAAGUCUACUAAUAAAAGGCAUUCUUUCGAGUUGAAUUUUACCAAAUAUAAUUUCUUUUACAGCCCAUAGA